UGCGCAAAAACAGAGAAGCCGAGCGCUCGGAGCUCAGAAACUGCCAGCAGAGAUCCCAGAAGCUGCAUUUAAGACUGAAGGAGGGAAGCAGAGAAGAGAGAGAUAGGCUAGAGACAGAGAGGGAGAGGGAAAGAGAGAGGGAGAGGGAGAGGGAAAAAGGUUAGGAAGAAACGGCAGGCAAGAAACUGCUCACCACAUUUUUAAAGAACAAGGCUGAAGACAGUUAAGAGGAGAAGAGAUUGGAAAUGCCCCUAAAUGAAAACAAGGGGAGAGAAAUAUCAAGAAGAGAAAUUCAACCAGAAAACCGAAGGGAAUGAAAGUUUCAUGCUGCAAAGCAUUGGUGCUUUUUUCUACAUAAAAUUUUGCUGGUUACAAACAUUUUUUUUUUUGCUUGCGCUUUUUACCAGUGGUUUAUUAUUAUUAUUAUUUUUUAAUUAAGAGGCAUGUUCAACGGCUCCAGCGGCAUCUCUCCCUUCUGCUCCUCUUCUUCCUCCUCGUUCUGCUUUUCCUUCUCCUCCUCCUCCUUCUCCUCCUCCUCCUUUUCCUCCUCCUCCUCCCAUCAGCAGGAAGACAAACCGAGGACAGUCUUGAAAUACCGAAAUUUCCUCCUUGGGAUUUGCCUGCACUGCCCUGCGCCAAGACUAUCGGAAUAAAUAAAAGAAGCUGAAAUACUGUAUUAUCAUUAUCUUAUUAAUUGGCCAGUGGUAAGAUUACAGAUGAGGAGAGGGGACGUUUGCCUUCCUUCGUGUGCCAAGCGCGAAAAAGGAGAGGCUGUAUGGUGGGGGCUAGAACCCUAAAAUGAAUCAAAAGGAAUUCUAAAUCUUUCCAAGACACCCCAGCCCCGGCAGUCUUGCCACAUAGUGCACUUUUAUUCGUAUUUUUGGAGGAUUUUGCUAGGGGGUGGGGUGCUUGGGGGGCUGUUGGCUGCGGAGAAACCUUUCCCUUUUUCCCCAUUGGAGAUGAUUGUGCUAUUAUUUUUUGCCUUGCUCUGGAUGGUGGAGGGAGUCCUUGGCCAGCUGCACUAUACGGUGCAGGAGGAGCAGGAGCAUGGCACGUUCGUGGGCAAUAUCGCCGAAGAUCUGGGCUUGGACAUUACAAAACUUUCGGCUCGCCGUUUCCAGACGGUCCCCAAUUCGAGGACCCCUUACUUGGACCUUAACCUGGAGACCGGGGUGCUGUAUGUGAACGAAAAGAUAGACCGCGAACAGAUCUGUAAACAGAGCCCUUCGUGCGUCCUGCACCUGGAGGUCUUUCUGGAGAACCCGCUGGAGCUGUUUCGGGUGGAGAUCGAAGUGUUGGACAUUAAUGACAACCCACCAGCCUUCCCAGAACCCGAUCUCACCGUGGAGAUCUCAGAGAGUGCCACACCGGGCACCCGCUUCCCACUGGAGAGCGCCUUCGACCCAGACGUGGGCACCAACUCCCUGCGCGACUACGAGAUCACCCCCAACAGCUACUUUUCUCUUGAUGUCCAGACCCAGGGCGAUGGCAACCGUUUCGCCGAGCUGGUACUGGAGAAACCGCUGGACCGGGAGCAGCAGGCGGUGCACCGCUACGUGCUGACCGCCGUGGACGGGGGAGGUGGAGGAGAAGGAGGAGGGGCAGGAGGCGCCGGAGGAGGGGGCUCACCCCCUCAGCAACAGCGCACGGGCACGGCCCUGCUCACUAUCCGAGUGCUGGACUCCAACGAUAACGUGCCCUCCUUCGACCAACCCGUUUACACUGUGUCCCUGCCUGAAAACUCGCCCCCAGGUACUCUGGUCAUUCAGCUGAACGCCACGGACCCAGAUGAGGGCCCGAACGGUGAGGUGGUGUACUCCUUCAGCAGCCACAUCUCACCGAGGGCGCGGGAGCUCUUCGGGCUGUCCCCUCGUACUGGCCGCCUGGAGGUGAGUGGGGAGCUGGACUAUGAAGAGAGUCCUGUCUAUCAGGUAUAUGUGCAAGCCAAGGAUUUGGGGCCCAACGCCGUGCCCGCACACUGCAAGGUACUUGUGCGGGUGCUGGACGCCAAUGACAACGCACCCGAGAUCAGCUUCAGCACAGUCAAGGAAGCUGUGAGUGAGGGCGCGGCACCGGGCACCGUGGUCGCCCUGUUCAGUGUGACUGACCGCGAUUCUGAGGAGAACGGGCAGGUGCAGUGUGAGCUGCUGGGUGACGUGCCGUUCCGUCUCAAGUCCUCCUUCAAAAACUACUACACUAUCGUGACCGAGACCCCGCUGGACCGGGAGGCAGGGGACUCGUACACCCUGACAGUGGUGGCGCGGGAUCGCGGCGAGCCCGCCCUGGCCACCAGCAAGUCCAUCCAGGUGCAGGUGUCGGACGUGAACGACAACGCUCCGCGCUUCAGCCAGCCCGUCUACGACGUGUAUGUGACCGAGAACAACGUGCCGGGCGCCUACAUCUACGCCGUGAGCGCCACCGACCGAGACGAGGGGGCCAACGCCCAGCUCGCCUAUUCCAUCCUGGACUGUCAGAUCCAGGGCAUGAGCGUUUUCACUUACGUGUCCAUCAACUCAGAGAAUGGUUACUUGUACGCGCUGCGCUCCUUCGAUUACGAGCAGCUCAAGGACUUCAGCUUUCAAGUGGAAGCCCGGGACGCGGGCAGUCCCCUGGCCUUGGCCGGCAACGCCACCGUCAACAUCCUCAUCGUGGACCAGAACGACAACGCUCCCGCCAUCGUGGCGCCCCUGCCCGGGCGCAACGGGACCCCAGCGCGCGAGGUGUUGCCCCGCUCAGCGGAACCUGGCUACCUUCUCACCCGGGUGGCGGCGGUGGACGCGGACGACGGAGAGAAUGCCCGCCUCACUUACAGCAUCGUGCGGGGCAAUGAGAUGAGUCUAUUCCGCAUGGACUGGCGCACGGGGGAGCUCCGCACAGCGCGCAGGGUGCCGGCCAAGCGCGACCCCCAGCGGCCUUACGAGCUGGUGAUAGAGGUGAGGGACCACGGGCAGCCUCCGCUGUCGUCCACCGCGACGCUGCAGGUGCAGCUGGUCGACGGGGCAGUGGAACCCUUGGGCGGCGGUGGUGGGGGCGGAGCAGGAGGGGGUCCUGGCGGAGAGCACCAGCGCCCCAGCCGCUCGGGCGGCGGGGAGACCUCGCUGGAUCUCACCCUCAUUCUCAUCAUCGCUCUGGGGUCAGUGUCUUUUAUCUUCCUACUGGCUAUGAUCGUGCUGGCGGUACGCUGCCAGAAGGAGAAAAAGCUUAACAUAUACACGUGCCUGGCCAGCGAUUGCUGCCUCUGCUGCUGCUGUUGCUGUGGGGGCGCGGGCGGCGGGAGUUCCUCCUGCUGCAGCCGUCAGGCUCGGGCGCGCAAAAAGAAGCUCAGCAAGUCGGACAUUAUGUUGGUUCAGAGCUCCAAUGUGCCCAGCAACCCCGCGCAGGUACCAGUGGAGGAGUCCGGAGGCUUCGGCUCCCACCACCACAACCAGAACUACUGCUAUCAGGUCUGCCUGACUCCAGAGUCUGCCAAGACCGACCUGAUGUUCCUCAAACCCUGCAGCCCUUCCCGGAGUACUGACACUGAGCACAACCCCUGCGGGGCCAUCGUCACUGGCUACACUGACCAGCAGCCCGAUAUCAUCUCCAACGGCAGCAUACUGUCCAACGAGACUAAACAUCAGCGAGCAGAGCUCAGUUAUCUAGUUGACAGACCUCGGCGGGUAAACAGUUCUGCAUUCCAGGAAGCUGACAUAGUAAGCUCUAAGGACAGUGGACAUGGAGACAGUGAGCAAGGAGACAGCGACCAUGACGCCACCAAUCGGGGUCAGUCUUCUGGAAUGGAUCUCUUCUCCAACUGUACUGAGGAGUGUAAAGCUUUGGGCCACUCGGAUCGAUGCUGGAUGCCUUCCUUUGUCCCCUCAGAUGGACGCCAGGCAGCAGAUUACCGCAGCAAUCUGCAUGUCCCUGGGAUGGACUCUGUGCCAGACACUGAAGUAUUUGAAACUCCAGAAGCCCAGCCUGGGGCAGAGAGGUCAUUCUCCACCUUUGGUAAAGAGAAGGCCCUUCAUAGCACUCUGGAGAGGAAGGAGCUGGAUGGACUGCUGUCUAAUACACGAGCGCCUUACAAACCACCAUAUUUGACACGGAAAAGGAUAUGCUAGUCAAUUCUACAGGACUUACCUGACGCAGCAUGAUUUGCACAAAAAGUCAACCAACAAAAGCAUCAACUUUUCAACUUCAUUAUCUUGGCCAUCCAGUUCUGUGUAACUGAGAAUUCGAUUGCUAUUGGAGUCACCAGGGCCCACAAUCAGACCGAAUUGCUCUCAGCAGGCCUGAGAAAUGAGUUGAAAUGUGCAGAAUUGUAGAACCUUCAGAGGCAACUGACCUUGCUUCUCUGAUCAGUGUGUGCCUGUUUACAGCACUAUAUAUCUUUCUCUCUCCAAAAUGUCACUGAGCCCUCUAGAUGUUUAUAUUCACCACAAGAAGCCAAUCGUACAAGAUAAAGGAAAUUUGUGCAUUAUAAAUGCAAUAUCACUGUUUUAAACUUGACUGUUUUAUAUUAUUUUUGUGUGAUCAAGUGUUCCCCCAACUAUUCCAACUUUACAAGAGAGAUUGUGAUCAUGUUCUUUUCAUCUGUGGGUCAUCGAAAUGUUGUUCCUCCGAGGACCCACAAAAUAUCAAAGACAUUCUCUGUAGUUUAUACACCGUGUUGCAAAGUGUUUACUGUAAUAUUUCAAAGCUUCUAAAUAAAUAUAAAAUAUAUAUAUAUUAUAUUAUAUUAUAUAUAAUUUUCCUGAAAAUGUGGUACAAUUUAGUUGAUUUUUAAAUGGAUUCAUAGAGUUCACAGCAUACACUCAAGCAAAAAGGUAAUUCAGGGUCCCAAAGCUAACCUUACUAAGACAAAAACCAUCUUUAAUGGCAUUUCCCCAGUUUUCAUAAUCUUGAUCAAUCCUAUUUUUUCUUGUUUUUUUUUUUUUUUUUAACUCUAAGCGAUAAAAUUUUGUCUAAAACUUGUACUGAAUUUUCAAUGCCAAAGACACAGCUGUCAACGUUACCAGGCUGAACACUGACUAUGUUGUCAAAGGAUUGAACCUUUACAUUCUUUUGCUCCUAUUUCUAUGGUGUUUAAUUUAGGAUCAUGUAGAAUUUUGUAUAAGGGAAUCUAUAAAUUCUCCUGUAUAUGUUGUUAAAAAUGGAAACUAAAACUUAAAAAAAAAUUGGGUGUCUGUACAUUUUGCAAUGUAAAAUAUGUAGCUGAAAAAUAUUAUUUUAAGAAACUCUUCCCAAAUCAUAUAAGUCACACAGACCUUUAUUUUACAAAGCUUUGUGGAAACCUAACUAUAUAGAAAGUAAACUUUUUAUAGAUCUCUUUAUGUGACAUAUAGAGAGAUAAACAAAUAUUAUUUUGUCCUGAUAAAACAGCAAAUAAGUUAGGAAGACUUCCAUUAAUAUUAAGACAUGAAAUUAUGGACAUGAUUCAUUAAAAAUUCACUUGUAGUUUAAAUGUAUUUGGAAUGUUUUAUUAAUGAGAAAAGUCUUCAUGAAACCAAGCCUUGCAAAGUAAAGCUUGCCUUACUUUUAUGUCAUCAGAGUUAAUGAUUAAAUUUAGUGAGAUUCAUUUCCCUCGGUUUUACAUAUUUUAUUGUUGUUUUCCUAUGGCUGUUUAUUAUGUGUUAAAACACAUUAUAAAAAGUGUCUGUGUUUUCAGCAGAUAUGUUUAGAAAAGCAAUUAAUGGAGAGAGAAAUUAGUCUCAUUAGUUUGUAAGAUAAUCUUCCAAGGAAAGACAGAAGCCUCAUUCCUCACCUCUAGCCUUUAACUUCAUGUGCCCAUGCAGAAUUUUAGAAAUGCUUUGAAAAUAUUUAUCUUUAAAUUUAAUUGGUCCUGUAUCUGGUGUUUUGGCUAUUAGACCUAUUUAAAUGGGGAGUGAUAACUACUUAGAACUGAUCUUUCCCACAAUUGAUUUGUAUAAUUUAAAAAUAAUUUUUAAACUUAGUAUUUAUUGCCCAUCACUAUUGUAGUUCACCAAUAUUUACACAGACGGUGUAUAUACAUUAAUUGUAUAUGUCACUCAAAGGCAGAAAUCCUACAUUUAUAAACAAAUAAUUUUUGAAUACUUCACAUAUUUCAGAAUAAUUAGCACAUCUUACAACCUGUUAUUGGGAUUCAUUUUAGGUAAACCUAAAUCCACAGGUAAAAUGACUCUCCUGCCACUAAAAUUCAGAAAUAAAUAAAGUAUUUGGAUACCUACAACAGAACUAUAUUUAUUUAGGUUUAAGUAAUAUGAUGAAUCACGUAUCUUCUUAAAGGAAAGACUUUUAAUAAGGUUUGCAUUGUAUUUCAUCUCUAGAAAGCUGCCUAUAUGUUGUCAUUGCAUAUAAGGAAAGAUUAUGAUAUUCCUUGCUGAAAAUCUUUACUUUACUUUUAGGUCUUCCAUGCAUCAGGAUCAUUUUACCUCCUUGGGGAAAGAAACAAAUCUUUUUUUCUUCAUUACAGGUCCGUUAAAUUAGAUUUUAUUUCCUUUUUAUUUACUCAACACACCUACUCCAUGCAAUUUGAAAGGAAUCAAAAAUUAUUUUUUAAUUAUUUGACCCUCUGCAUGAACAAAUGUAUUCUCUCCCGGGCUUAAGUCUGUGUAAUAUCUAUUUAUAUUUUAUUUAUUUAUCUUAAUUGAUGCCUUAGGGAUUUAUUCUCUUAGGUUGGACUUUAGUAAUUGAAUUCUACCAUGAAUCUUAAAAAAAAAAAGACUUCCAACAAAUUAUAUAAUAGAAUUUCAUGAUUAUAGAAAUAAAAUGACAUAAUUAGGCCCCUAAUCAACUAUCUAUUUAAAGAAAGCAUGAGCUAGAAGUCAUUGCAGUUCAUAGAAAGUGAGGAGUGAAGUCAGUUGGCUUCAAAGUUAACAGUGAGAAGAGAAUUAAACUCAGCUGAUGAAAAUUGAAGGGUUUUUGGUUGCUAUUUGUAUUUCCUGAAUCCAUAUAAAUAUAUACACAUAUAUUUAUAUGUGAGUGUAUAUAAUGUGUGUAUACACACAUACAUAUACAUAAGUGAGUACAGAUAUGUAUGCUACAUAAAUGCAUAUAUAUUUUAUUUAAAUCUGGCUAUCCCAUUAAUCAGAAUAUAUUCUUUUGAAAUUCUCCUAUAUAUACUCUAGCAAUCAAAUAAAAAAUAUGGUCAGAUAAUUAAACAAAGUCUUCCAUCACAUGAAAUUUUCAGAAGGGAAAUAUAAAACAAAAUCCAGUUAUUCAUUUCACCCCCUCCUAGCUAAUAUGUAUAGUCUUUAGAGCAGUAGGGAAUCAACAGAUUUUCCUGUGGAAAUAAUGUCUUAAUGUUUCAAAAGUAUGUCAAAUGACAAUUUUAAAAUAUGUUUCAUCCACUUGUAAACAUCCUAAUUUAUAAAUGGGAAUCACAUUGUGGAAUCAUUUUUAAUUAAACAUUGAGAAUUUACACUGGAGUUCUUUUACAGGCAUAUUGAUAACAGAUAUACAUAUAAAAUGUAUCCUCUUUCAUGGGGCAUAGUGAGACAGUACGUAGAUAUUGUUUAGUGAUGAUAUUAAAUGCAAAGCCUUUAUCAAUAUGUAUUCUAAAUGGAAAAAAAAAACUGAGAUAAGACUGAUCUAGUGAAUUGGAGCUUCCUGUUUCAGGUCUGAAAUGGACUUCUGAAAAUAUAGAGGUAAAACAAAACAAAAGAACAACAACAACAAAAAAAAAAAAAAACUUGUUACUACAAGGGAGGAAAAACACUAGAUAAUAGAACCUAGAUUUAAAUUCUAGCUUUGCCAUUUUUAACUUGUGUGAUUUUUGGCAAAGUCACUUCAUCUCACUGGGUCUUCAAUUUUUUUCAAAAUAAGUAGAUUGAACUAGAAGAUCUUGCCAAAAUUCCAUGCUAACUAUUGAUUUAGGAUCCUAAGAACAAAAAUAACUUAUCUUCCUCAUUGAUUUUAUCAGGGCUUUCCUACAAAGGCUUAAUUAUACUUUUUACUUCUUAAAAUAAACAAAAACAUUAUCAAAAGAAAUGAGAUUUUCCUUUAAAUUAAUUAAGCACUCAAAUAUAUUCAGUGUUAUUUCUAAUUAUGAUAAAUUAGUCAGGUUCUUGACUGCUGAUGACCAUAAAAUAGUAGAUUUACUCUCACUGUACAUUAUUAAAUUUCCAGAUGGGUUUUAAAAACUUGAAUAUUCCUACAUGAAUGUCAGUUUGAUUAUUUUAAAAGUAUCAUAUAUUUGUUCUACAGUUUAUUGGGUUCUUGAAAUUAACAGUGUAUUUUUUUUUGGUGAUGAAGGCUUUGUACUUAAAAUCCUUGCUUUGUUUUCAUGUUCCUUUCUAUCCAACAAAGAAAAAAAGACAGCAUAUCGUAUUUGGACACCAUGGAAUAGAUUAUAACUUUACAUGUAUUUAAGCUUCAACCCUCAGAUAGACAACAAAAUUCUUACAUAGUAGAUGAUGAAGCUGUUAAGAUUUUUUUUUCUUUCACAACUUGGCAAAGAUUUUAAGCUCUAGCAUUCUAUGAGAAUGCUGAAAGAUGGGCGCCACUAGAGUAUUGCAGGCAAUAACAUGACUAAAAUCUUAAUAAUUUUAGUGUGCAUGCAUGACUUUCUAAUCACUGUUAUUAUUUUUUAAGUAUUUGUAAAUUUAGCAAAAUGACUUUUAUUUCUUAAGAGCUAGUCAUAUUUUAAGUUUGAUGUUUUAUAGUCCAGAUGUUUUUGAGUGAUGUGCAAAUACUGCAUUGAUAAUGCAAAAAAAAAAAGUUUCUUUCACAUUUGACUCAAAAAUUUCUGAAUAAAUAGAACUCAGACUUUCAACACAUUAAAACAAAAUUCACCCUUGAGCUGAAAGCAAGCAGGGAAAUUGUCAGCUCUAAACACAUUUUUGAGACAGUUAUCUGUGAGUGAAAACAGGGUAUUCUAUUGAAAGAUGAGUUUUAAUUCUAACUAUAGUGUUUGUUACUGUGAAUGCUAUAAUACAUAAAUAAAAAUACGAGUGUAAAUGUAAUAUAUUAUUUUAUACUGCUGUAUAUAUAUAUAUGUAAUAAAUAAAAGUAGGAUACA